UGUAAGUCGACGGUGGGGUUGUUGACAUUGCAGCAGAUCUACAAGCUUUCGACAGUUAUGUGACAAUAUUGUCAACAAAUUUUAAUACAUGUUUUCAGUCGGACACUUAACUGUCAGAUGCAAUUUAUUUGAUUUGUGGCGCUGGUUGCUGUCAAUAUGACUCGUGAUCUGAUUCUUGGAGAAGAACUGCCCGACUGGGUGGGAGCAAAAGAAUUUUAUCAGAAAUAUGAUCCCAAAGAAGUCAUUGGCAGAGGUGUGAGCAGUGUGGUGCGCAGAUGUGUACACAAACACACAGGACAAGAGUAUGCGGUUAAAAUCAUUGAGAUCACAGAAGAGAAAAUGACAGAGCAGCAACUGGAUGAAGUGAAGAGCUCCACACUAAAAGAGAUCCACGUGCUCAACCUAGUGAACGGUCACCCGUCCAUCAUCACACUUAUUGAUUCCUAUGAGACAACAACCUUCAUAUUUUUGGUCUUUGACCUCAUGAGAAGAGGAGAACUCUUUGAUUACUUGACUGAAAAAGUCACUCUCAGCGAGAAGGAGACAAGGAGUAUGAUGCGUGCUCUUCUGGAGGCAGUCCAGUAUCUGCAUUCUCUAAAUAUUGUACAUCGAGACCUCAAACCUGAAAAUGUUCUGCUAGAUGACGAGGGACACAUUAAAUUAUCUGACUUUGGUUUUUCGGUCCAACUGCAACCUAAUGAAAAACUAAGAGAGUUAUGUGGAACUCCAGGCUAUCUGGCACCAGAGAUUCUGAAAUGCUCCAUGGAUGAGACGCAUGAGGGGUAUGGAAAAGAGGUUGACCUGUGGGCAUGUGGUGUCAUCCUGUUCACACUUCUGGCUGGAUCUCCACCUUUCUGGCAUCGUAAACAGUUGCUAAUGCUGAGAAUGAUCAUGGAAGGCCGGUACCAGUUUAGUUCUCCGGAGUGGGACGACAGGUCGGACACUGUCAAAGACUUGAUCUCAAGGCUUUUAGUGGUUGAACCCACAUUUCGCCUCACGGCCGAGCAAGCUUUGGCUCAUCCUUUCUUCCUUCAGUACCAAAAGGAAGAAGUGCGGCUCUUUAGUCCCAGAAAGACGUUUAGAGUCUUGAUCGUGACUGUUUUGGCCUGUAUACGAAUGCAGUGCCGCUACAAUCGAGCCAGACCGCUAACAAAGGAGCUUCUGGCAAGAGACCCAUAUUCCCUGCGUGGUGUGCGGAAGCUCAUCGAUGGCUGUGCUUUCCGCAUAUAUGGACACUGGGUGAAGAAAGGAGAGCAACAGAACCGAGCCGCUCUGUUCCAGAACACAGCUAAAAUCACUCUUAUGGGCCUUGAAGACCUUGAAAGCUAACGGUCAUUUCUUAGGUUUCUAGAGAUAUUUUCGUUUAUCCAUGAUCAGUUUUAUUGGUUUUCUUUUUUUUUUAAUAGAUUAUAUAGGCUGUCCAAAGGCACUUAAAACUAAAAACAAUUUACAAAUUAUUUAUAGAUUUAUAUUUUGUCUUUAAAGGGAAUAGUUGAAUUAUGUGAACUCUUUCACAGAAUUUACAUGUUACUCAAAACCUUCAUGUCAUAUGAUUUUCUAUCUUCCAAGAAACGGCAAAAAAGAAGAUUAUCUGAAUGAGCUGCUUUCUUUAUACAGUGAAAGUGAUUAAGGACCAGAAGCUGUCAAGCACCAAAAAGGAAAAAAGCCCCAUACAAACAUUAUGUUCCAUUCAACUAUUACCAUUCCAGGUUAUAUGAUAAUUUAAUGUACAGAUUGCUUGCUUAAAAGCCUGGGUCAGAAUUCACUUUUAAUUUGAUAGAUAAAUCAUAUUGGACAUGUUGGUUAAACAGGUUGUGUUUAGAAGAAAGGGAUAUGGUUUUUAAAACGGAGGGUGAGAUUCUUCUUGUGUGAACUAUUCCAGGUGGUGCUUUUUGAUUUGAUGUCAUGUGACCUCACUUUAACUACUCAUUGAUUUUUGGUUUCCUUUUAAAUGCUCUUGUUUUAAUAUGUUUGUGUUAUCAUCUGCUGUUGCUGAGAUUAUGGACCAGGGCUGCCUUUCCCAAAUGCAUCGUAGCCUUAAAUUGAUCGUAGCAACAUUGGUGACAAAUGAUUUUAAAAUCAAGUUAAGGCUACGGGGCUUUUGGGAAACGCAGCCCAGAUUACUAAAAAUUGGUCUCACAUUCAAGAUUACCUAUUUGAUUGGACAGAGCUUUUUAAGAUCUCUAGUUCAAUUCAUAUGCAUCAUUUGACUGUUUUAACACAAAACUUCAUACCAUUCUGAUAAAAACAAAAGAAUUCCAGACUAUACCAUAAAUGGACAAGGAAC